GCUGGCUGCCCGCCCUGCGGUCCGCUGCGCGGGCUGCCAAGCCGGGCUGCGCACCAUGUCCGGGCUGCUGGCGCUGCUGGGCCCAGCGGGCAGAGGGGGCUCCCGGGUUCGGCCUCGCGCCACCUGGUUCCUGGGCGCCGCCGCCCCCUGCGCCCCGCCGCCUGUGUUCCUGCCGCUGCUCCGGCCCGGGCCAGACGCUCAGCUGCUGCGCGCAGCCCGCAGGAACUGCCACGGCCGCCAGGAACCCAGCAGAAUCACAGCGGCAACAGGCGGCGACAUCAGCGGUGCAGAGGAGAAAAAGCAAAGCAAGUCGCAGCAGCUGAAAAAGAUCUUCAAGGAGUAUGGCGCCGUGGGCGUGUCCGUGCACGUUGGGAUCUCGCUCGUCUCCUUGGGCAUGUUUUACAUGGUUGUUUCAAGUGGUGUGGACAUAUCAGCCAUCCUGCUUAAACUCGGAUUUAAAGAGUCCCUGGUACAGUCAAAAAUGGCAGCGGGCACCAGUACCUUCGUGGUGGCUUACGCCAUCCACAAGCUGUUCGCACCCGUGAGAAUCAGUAUAACUUUAGUUUCCGUGCCCUUGAUUGUCAGGUAUUUUCGGAAAGUGGGACUUUUUAAACCUCCAGCGGCAAAGCCUUGAUGAACUCUUCAACUGGGGGCCUGAAAACCUAUUUCUUUUCACUGACACGUUUUGGCUUUGGUUUUAGGAUGUAGGUUUUUCUGUGGGCAGGGAGGGGGGUGCUAACUGCUGAGCUCUCGUGGAUAGGAGUUACUUUUGCCAGCAAAAAUCCAGAGUUUUGAAUCACUGUAAAUUUCUUUUGCUUUAUAAACUGUGACAGUGCUAUUCACUGAAGGGCUUGUCUGCAUCAUCUGUCAACAAAACAUCACCCGAAAGUUGUCAUCUCAGACAAAACCGUCAGCCGGGAAAUGUUCCUUCUGGAAGGUCAUUGGUGAGGGUCUGUCUGCAGAAGCCUCAGGGGUUAAUUUUCACUCAAGUUCUUAAAGGGCAGUGAUUCAUUAAACUGGUUUUAAAAAUGUAAAAAUUCCCCUUCCUCCAAUACUUGUCAGGCUGCCUGCAGCUUAAUAUGCGAUAUUCUGCCAAACAGCUGCCAGGGCUGCAAUUAAUGAAGCAGAACUUAAGACUUCACAGUAUGUAGUGAGGAUCUAAAUUAGCAUCAGCACUUUGACAUUCAUUACACGUGUUUGAGGGGAACGAAAAACAUGUAUUUCUGGUGUGUUUCACCGAUCCCAACGCCUUCAGAUCUGGACACGAUGGGCCUGCCUCAGCUGAUGGUCCCACGUGUCAUGAAAGUAGGUGGGCAUCACCUGUCUCUGUUUAGGUCCAAUAUGGAACCUCUGCCCAACAGCAACAGCAUCAGGUGGCUCCAGACGCCGGCAACUUGGAUCCUGCACCCAAAAAGCUGAGACCGUCUUGGCCUUCUUCCCUGUGGCUUAGACAUCAGAUGUUCCAGAAUUACUGUCACAGUGUUUACAUUGUGUUGCUACUUAUAUUUUUUGAGUUAAAAUUAUGUAUGUACCAAAAAAAAAAAAAAGGUUUUGUAUCACUCUCUAAA